GAGCGAAUCCACCCAUACCGCCAAGAGCUGUGGCGUCAGAUGACCGGCAAGGUUCUCGAGAUUGGUCCUGGCUUUGGCGAUCCACUAAAGUACGUCAACAAGAAGCAGGUCACGUCGUAUAUCGCAAUGGAGCCCAACAAGUUCAUGCACGAGCACCUGGUGGCAAACGCGCGCGACAGCGGAUUCUUCGUGCAGUACGACCUGGGGACCUGUCCCAUGGCGCAAAUGGCCACUGAUAUUGCGGAGGAUGUGGCGAAGCCACUGCUGACCGUGGUCAACGGAACCCUGGACGGCGAGAUCCCCGAGUACGUCCUGAAGAACGCCCCGUACGACUACAUUGCCAGCUCGCUGGUGCUGUGCUCGGUGACCGACAUCGAGGCCAACAUUGAAAACAUCGACUUUCUGCUGGCGCCUGGAGGCAAGUUUGUGUUCAUCGAGCAUGUCCGUCACGGCGACCACGAUCCGCAGGUCGAGGCAUACGAUAUCAGCACCUGGCGCACAAUCCAGGACUGGCUGACGCCGGUGUGGUCGGUGAUUGCUGGCAACUGCCAUCUCGAUCGCGAGACCGGAAAGGCACUGGACCAGUUUGGAAACUGGGAGAGCAUCCAGUACAAGACCACCAAGGGCGGCCUGGAGUUCUUUGACAAGUUUGCGCCCCUGAUUUACGGUGUCGCGACCAAGGCCCGCAAGUAAACCAUAUUCUUGACAUGGCGGCGCUACACGCCUAACUUUCAUUUUUCCUCUGUUUAGCCAAAUUCGAAUAUAUCCAAACUCCUUUGAUU